UAGAAAUGGCUAGAACUAAGCAAACCGCUAGAAAGAACGUUGGAGGAAAGGCUCCAAGGAAGCACAUUGGACAAAAAUCCGCCAGAAAGACUGCCUCUACCACCGCAGGCAUGAAGAAGCCACAUAGAUAUAGACCAGGAACCGUCGCUCUCAGAGAAAUCAGAAGAUACCAGAAAUCUACUGAACUCCUCAUCAGAAAGCUCCCAUUCCAGAGACUCGUAAGAGAGAUCGCCCAGGAAUUCAAGGGAGACUUGAGAUUCCAGAGCUCUGCCGUGCUUGCUCUCCAGGAAGCCGCCGAAGCCUACUUGGUCUCAUUGUUCGAAGACACCAACUUGUGCGCCAUCCACGCCAAGAGAGUGACCAUCAUGCCAAAGGACAUGCAACUCGCCAGAAGAAUCAGAGGAGAGAGAUCAUAAACUAAUUCUUCAUAAAUACUCACAUAGUGGGAUGAAUUCGCAUA